CGACAUCCACUCCUUACUUCACCACCGAACCCAUCGCAUCAGCACAGCAACAUGUCUCGAGGCGGCGGAACCACUCUUUAUGUCACUGGCUUCGGCCACGGCACUCGCGCCCGCGACCUUGCCUACGAGUUCGAGCGGUACGGACGUCUCGUCCGUUGCGAUAUCCCUGCACCACGAACCGCGAGCUCCAGACUCUUCGCUUUCGUUGAGUACGAGAAGAUUCGCGAUGCAGACGACGCUUACUACGAGAUGCACAACAAGCGAAUCGGUCGUGAUGACCUUUUGAAGAUUGAGUGGGCACGCACACCACCUUCCGCAAGCUGGCGCUUCGACCAGGGCUCCAACCGCGAUGGACGUGAUGGCGGACGUGGAGGAGGCAGCCGUCGCGAGCGCUCUCCCCGUCGUGGCCGCUCUGGCUCUCCACCACGCAGCCGUCGCUACGAUGACGAUCGCGACCGCGACUACGACCGUGGCUCACGCCGCGAUGACCGAGACCGCCGCGAUCGCGAACGUACUCGAAGCCCAGAGGACCGCGACCGUGGUGCGGAUAGAGACCGUGGCGACCGGGAGCGUGAUUUAAAGGAGCGUGAUCGUGAAGAGGAUCGCGAAGAGCGCACUGGCGACAGAGAGCGUGAGCGUGAGUACGAGCAGAACGGUACCAACGGCGAAGAACGCAAAGAGCGUGAAGAAGCUCCGCCAGCUCAUGAUGACCUGGAUACGGCGGAGUAAGCUGACACGUCUGUAGCUCUCGACGUUCGCAUGAAAGACUCGGUCUAGUAAGCCAACAUCUUCGAGAGCGACAUCGACGAGCGUGGACGACAUGACACAAAAAGAAAAAGCGCCAUGGGAUCGUGGUAAAGUGUAACAUUGACCAUUUGGCAUGGAAGGGACAGCUUCACAAGACAGGAAAUAGUAACGGCCCGAAAAAAUCAAGCCCACGAAGCGGAUCGACCGUCUUGAACUG